GGGCGGGCUCGGGGCGGCACCGCCCUCCUCCGGAAGUGCGGCGGAAGCCGCUCGGUCACGUGAGCAGCGGCAUGGCGGCGUGUGGAGUGUGACUGGUGGGAGCCCCGCCGGACACCUGCGUGCGGCCUGAUUCUGCUCUCUCUGCCCGCCCCGGCGCCAUGGUGACAGAGGAGGAGGUAGAGGCCAUUGGCCGGACGCUGGUGGACGCGGCCCAGCCCCUGCCUGCCCGGUUCCGGGCCCUUUUUACGCUGCGCAACCUCGGCGGCCGUGCGGCUGUGGACUGGAUCAGUCGAGCUUUCGGGGACGGCUCGGCUCUGCUCAAGCAUGAGCUGGCGUACUGCCUGGGCCAGAUGCGGGACGAGGCAGCCAUCCCUGUGCUCAUCCGAGUGCUGGAGGACACCAGCCAGGAGCCCAUGGUCAGGCAUGAGGCAGGUGAAGCCCUGGGUGCUAUUGGGAAUCCUGAUGUGCUGGAUAUCCUCAAAUGCUAUUCAGAGGAUCCUGUGGUUGAGGUGGCAGAAACAUGUCAUCUGGCAGUGAGGAGGCUAGAGUGGCUGCAGGAGAACAAGCAGGAGCUGAGCACCAGCCCCUACCUCUCUGUGGAUCCUGCUCCCCCUUCUGAGGAGACAGAUGUUGCCAAACUGCGCCAAACCCUUCUGGAUGAGUCGUGCCCUCUCUUUGACCGCUACCGAGCCAUGUUUGCCCUGCGAAACCUGGGGGGCCAGGCUGCUGUGCUGGCUCUGGCAGAUGGGCUGCGCUGCGGCAGCGCCCUCUUCCGGCACGAGAUCGGCUACGUGCUGGGCCAGAUGCAGGACGAGGCCUGCGUCCCGCAGCUGACGGCGGCGCUGCGCAGCCGCUCCGAGAGCGCCAUGGUGCGGCACGAGUGCGCCGAAGCGCUGGGCGCCAUCGCCCGCCCGGCCUGCCUGGAGACCCUGCGCGCCUUCGCCAGCGAUGAGGAGCGGGUGGUGCGAGAGAGCUGCGAGGUGGCCCUGGACAUGUACGAGUAUGAGAACGGAGCCCAGUUCCAGUACGCCGAUGCGCUCUGCAAGCUGCAGGCUGCCGCCUGUGCUCUGCCUGGGGAGGCGGGGGGCACAGGUUGAGCGUGCUGCCUCCCACCCCUGCUCCCGUUCUGUUUCCCUGGUGGCCUCUGUCAAUGUGGAUCCAUGUCUUUACUGCAGUGGAGGUGGAGGAGGACCUGGAUUUGCUCUCUGGAACAAUUAAAACCACCUUCUUCCAAAUAUAGACCGAGCUGCUACUUCCACACCCCACCCCCCAGUUUCCUGGAUCUGCCCUUGUUCCCUGCCAGGAUCAGCACUGCCUGCCCACAGCCUGGCCUGCAGCUUGAACCGGGUGGGCUCUGCUCUGCACGUUGGAGCCUGUUGCAGCUGUGUAGGUCUUGGGCCUGCUCUGGGCUUGUGCUGCUGUGGCAGCUUGUUGUGAAACAGCUCUGCUCUCCCUGCUUGAGCAUUGCUGGGGGGCCAGGGCAGGCUUUGGGUGCUUGCUCUUGUAGGGUUGUACCAGUGCAAUGCCUCAAAAUCGCCCUUGGUGCUGGACUGAGACAGAUCCCUUCUUGCCUCUGCAAUGGAGGAGCUGCUGUGGAUUCGGUCUCUCCUGUUGGGGCAGGCCAGGGCUGUGCUUGUGGCAGCUUUGCCCUGGGAUGGGGGCUGUUUCAUGACAAAAUUUGGAAGAUUUGGCUGCAUUUUUUCUUCCUUCAGGGAACGGCGCUGCUAUUAGGGCUUAGAGGGUGAGGCAGAGCCUGCCCAGACUUUCCCCCACAUCUAACCAAAACUGGGAGGGCUAAGGCUGGUGUCUGCUGCCAUCACCCAGCACCCAAAGCCCCUGGGCAGCCCAGUGUUGGCACAGAGGAGCUAUCUGGGAGUAAUAUGUUUGCAGGGAGCUCUCAUGUGAGUUGAGCUGAGAUUGAGCCCUUGCCUAGAUGUGGAGUGCACCCGGUGCUGCGUGGUUUGGCCCUGGUGGGGAGCCCUGGGGCUGCCAUUAUGGAAUCAUAGAACACAAUAAUUUAGGUUGUAAAAGACCUUUAAGAUCAAGUCCAACUGUAAUGGGAGGAGAGAAC